AUGGAGCGCGACGGGGCCGAACUCGGGGCUGAUGCCAAGACUGCACCCACGAGUAACCGUUUCACCUCACCGCUUGUUAUCAACAGCGUAUCGCGGAGAAAUAGUUUAUUCGCACGACCGACCAUGACCGACGGCAAUGCGCGGCCGAUGAGCGUGGCCUCAGCCUCCGACGGCAAUGCCGCAUCGCCGAAUAACACUCGAAUUCCCCGUCCUACGUCCCAACGGCGGCCCUUUUCUAUCUCGGACGCUUAUCGGAUGGCCGAGGAGGAAGAGGCUGCCCAGGGCUCGCCCAGCCCGGCGCCCAGGUCGUGGCGGUCCGCCGGGAAGAAGCUACAGAAGCCGAGGAGCCCCAGCACAUCCAUUCUACUGCAGAGGAAGGCCUCAAGUAGCGUCAAGCCUUUGGAAACGGGCAAUGGCGACGGCGGUGGCGAUAGUAACGGCGAACGUCCUGUUUCAUCGCAGCAAAGCGACAAUUCGGACAGCACCUUCGACGAGAAACUCCGGCAAUUUGAAAGAGACCACGGCACCCCGGAGGACCCUAGCCGUGUCGGGGGCGCGGCCGGCUUGCUCUCUCGUUCCAGGAUUGGCAGUAGGAUUGUCGAGUCUGGGAAGGAACUUUUGUCGCGGAAAUCGAGUCGCAACAGCCUGGAUGGAUCUUCGUCACCACGGUCUACCAAGGGCGUAGGGCCCAGCCCGUCGUUUCUGCGUCGGUUGUCGAUUAGAAAGCGAGAAUCGAGCGACAUUUCUUCACUCGCCCGAGAGCCGCAUGAGUGGAUGAAACGGGAUGAGAACGCGCCUCUACAACCAAGCCCCACCCCUCCUAGGCGGCCCGCGACCGCUCUGUCAGGCUCUCAGACCCCCGACAGGAGUUUUGUCUGGCAGACCGAUGCCGACUUUACCGCCGGCGACCUGCAGGUCUCGAACAGCCCCCCUGUGGCCAUUGGCCGCAAAAACACCAAAAUCGAUGAAAUCCGCGCCUUGGAAGCCGAAGUGAAUGAACGAUUCUCUCAAGGCCCCAACAACCGCCAAUCGGAGAUCAACUCUUUCCAGCAAGAGACACGACAGGAGACUGGGUUCCAAGCCGGUCUCGAAAGGCGCGAUAGUGCCAUUGCCGCUACGGAAGACGUAAAGUCGGAGGAUGAAGGUAGAUCGAGCCCCCCAUCCCGCCCGGUCAGCCGUGCAGGCGUAAGGCUGGACGAGCUUAGGUCACGCGAAAUCGAGAGUCUUUCUAGGAGAGCCCUUGCCACCGCUAGGCUUGAUGAGUUUCGUGGGAGGAACAUUGGGGUCUCGCGAUCUCCGUCCCCGGAUGUUGCGCGGAGAUCCGGCCAAGAACCGGUGCGGGCUUUUUCUCCAUUACGCGAAAGACUGAGGAGGCAGAUGAACGAAGCUCCAGUGUCCGAGACACCGGUGGAGAGCGAUAAGACCGACCAAAAGGAGACACUCAGCCCGGCGCUUUUUGGCAGAGCCGACAUCAAUCUCGAGAGUGUUAACGAAGUUGAAGAAUUCACGGGCCCAGCACAAACACUCCGCCAACUAGCAACCGCCGGGGCGAGGGGCCAGGCGCCGGACGAGGCGCAAAAGGUUUCGAAUGAUCCGGCCCCCACGGUCCGCGGUGGUAGACUUACGGAACGCCUGCAAGCUAGAAGAUCGUUGGGGUUCCCUAAGAGCGACAGCAAGCCAACGGUCGGGUUUACCGGGCUGUCUCGAAGUUCGUCGGUGGAGUCUAGAAGGGCCAAGCGUAGGAGCUUUGUGCAUUCAGACUCAGAUCCGACCGACCGCAUCGAAGGAGAGAUGCAACUUUUUGCUCCGCAGGAAAAUCAGUCGGAAAGGGGCUCUAUGCGAGCGCCGUCCCCCGAGUCCGAGCCGGAGCCUGAGACGGCAGAAAAGACGCCAAAACUAGCCAGGGUUGAUCCUUUGUCACAGCCGACGCCGAGGGUGACGGGUGCCUAUGUUGAAACGCCAGCAAUUGUCAAAACGGAGAAACCCGAAAACCUCGUUCCAGGUGCCGGGGACUGCGAUGCUGUUGGAGUACAGGAGAGCGAUUUAAAAGCCCCGAGCACCGAGAGGGUCGACGGUUCCACAAAACACUCGACUACACCGGGCGAGAAGGAGUAUACCUCCCCACAACGGCAAAGGCGCGCACAAUCAUCCAAAGGUGACGGGGCAUCUAGUAGACCAUCGCCGCUAUCAACUCGACGACGCGCCAGGUCUCUGUCCCGCGGCAGGGCCCCCUUGCAAAAUUCUUCCAAGCCGCCCACGGUCAAGGAUGAUUUGUUAGAGAUACAACGGGCCAACCAAAUUGAGGACUCUACUCUGGAUGACAUUGGCGAUUUGUUAAACAACCCAUCCCAGGUCAACCCUACCCUUUCAACCAGCCCGGCCGUAAAGCCGGAGCCCACCGACAAGGUCAAAAAGUCUAGCAAGCCGAAGGAGCUCGAUGUGUAUGAUCGGAUGAGCCAGACCCUUGAGACCAGUCUGCACAACAUCCAGAGCGCUAAGCAAGGGAUUGAACGCCUCGAGAGCAGGGUUGCACAAGUCGAGCUCAAGGAGCUGGGUCAAGACUCAGUUCACAGCCAGCACAUCAAGGGAAAGUCGUCUCCGUGCCCUGCUUGCCGAGGCUUGAAGCCCGCGGCUGGCGCGGAGGUAACGUACAUUCACCUUCCACUCCCUCGUUUGUGGUACCGCCGACCCAAUUUUCGCUUCACCCUCCUCGGCCUCGGGCUAUUCCUGCUCACCCUGUGGUAUGCUGCGGAAUCGUUGAUGUGUCUGCGCUACUGCAAACCUGAGCAUUGCUACCCUAACACGCCCUGCGAGUGGUCCUCGGAGGACCCGAGUUGGGGUUACGCAAUCCCGGCCAAAUUAGAUCAGUGGGUGGCCGGCGGCCGGGGGAAGGAGCUCGUACACCGUCUGCAGCCCGACGUGUCGGAUUGGCUUGCUGAUAUUCGGGAUGCCAUGACGGGGAUUGACAUUGCCUCGGUCGACACGUCGCGGUACACUUGGGAGCAGAACCGGCAAUAUCGCAGGCGACUGGCUAAAAAGGGGAUGACCAAGCCUUUUGUUGAGCGGCCGGAGGAUAGGGCUCUGUUUAGUGGAUGGAGAUCUGCCAGGAUGGCCGAUGACCGGGCACGAUCGGCCGAGGAGAUGGGUUAUGCUGCUAGCGAGGAUGAGUGGAUUUAA